AUGGCGUCGCAACAAGAAGCCUCCAGCACCGCCGAGCCGGCCUUUGAUCCCAAGUCCUCCCCCGACUACCUCCAGUUCCCGUGUCUGCCCCCCGGAGGCCCGUUGAACCGCUGGUCACGGCGCAUCACCAAGGACCAUGACUUUCCCGGAGCACAGGCUAUGCUGUACGGCGCUGGAGUGCCGGACAAGGAGACGAUGAAGACGGCGCCGCACGUCGGCAUUGCGAGUGUCUGGUGGGAGGGAAAUCCAUGCAACACACAUUUGCUCGAGUUUGGCCAGAUCGUCAAGCGAGCCGUCGAGAAGCAGGGCAUGCUCGGCUGGCAGUUCAACACCGUCGGCGUGUCUGAUGCCAUCACCAUGGGCGGCGACGGCAUGCGCUUCUCCCUCCAGACCCGUGAGAUCAUCGCCGACUCCAUCGAGUCCGUCACCUGCGCGCAGCACCACGACGCAAACAUCUCCAUCCCCGGCUGCGACAAGAACAUGCCCGGCGUCGUCAUGGCCGCCGCGCGCCACAACCGCCCCUUCAUCAUGAUCUACGGCGGCACCAUCCGCAAGGGCCACUCCAGCCUGCUCGAGCGCCAGAUCAACAUCUCGAGCUGCUACGAGGCCUCGGGCGCCUACCACUACGGCUCCCUCAAGGCAAAGACCAACCCGGACGCCCCCGGCCGCUCCAGCUCCGACGUCAUGGACGACAUCGAGCGCCACGCGUGUCCCGGCGCAGGCGCCUGCGGCGGCAUGUACACGGCCAACACCAUGGCCACGGCCAUCGAGGCCAUGGGCCUGACCCUGCCGGGCUCCUCGUCCUAUCCCGCCGUCUCGCCCGAAAAGGCCCGCGAGUGUGAGCGCGCCGCAGAGGUCAUCAAGGUCACCAUGGAAAAGGACAUUCGCCCGCGCGACCUGCUCACGCGCGCCGCCUUCGAAAACGCCCUCGUCCUGACCAUGAUCCUCGGCGGCUCGACAAACGGCGUGCUGCACUUCCUCGCCAUGGCCAACACCGCCGACGUGCCCCUGACCAUUGACGACGUCCAGCGCACCAGCGACCGCACGCCCUUCCUGGCCGACAUCGCCCCCAGCGGCAAGUACCUCAUGGAGGACCUCUACAAGGUCGGCGGCACGCCCUCGGUCCUCAAGAUGCUCAUCGCAAAGGGCCUCAUCGACGGCUCCAUCAUGACCGUCACCGGCAAGACGCUCGCCGAAAACGUCGCCGACUGGCCCUCGCUCGAGCCCGGCCAGCAAAUCAUCCGCCCGCUCGAGGACCCCAUCAAGGCCAGCGGCCACAUCCGCAUCCUCAAGGGCAACUUCGCGCCCGGCGGCGCCGUCGCCAAGAUCACCGGCAAGGAGGGCCUGUCCUUCACCGGCAAGGCCCGCGUCUUCAACAAGGAGCACGAGCUCGACGCCGCGCUCAUCGCCGGCAAAAUCACCCGCGACGACGGCAACCUCGUGCUCAUUGUGCGCUACGAGGGCCCCAAGGGCGGGCCGGGAAUGCCCGAGCAGCUGCGCGCGUCCGCCAUCAUCAUGGGCGCUGGCCUGAGCAACGUCGCCCUUGUCACCGACGGCCGGUACAGCGGCGCGUCCCACGGCUUCAUCGUCGGCCACGUCGUGCCCGAGGCCGCCGUCGGAGGCCCCAUUGCGUUGGUCCAGGAUGGCGACGAGGUGACCAUUGACGCCGUCACCAACAGGAUCGACGUGGCCAUUUCAGACGAGGAGAUGGAGGAGAGGCGCAAGAAGUGGACGCCACCGGAGCCGCCGGUCAAGAGGGGCGUCUUGGCCAAGUAUGCGCGACUGGUGGGCGAUGCGAGCCACGGCGCGGUGACGGACAGAUGGUGAAGAUGAUGC